AUGUCGGAAUCUUCAGCCACUGUAGUGGAGGCGCCGCCCACCUUAGUGGAAGUUCCAGCACUAGUUGGACAAGAAGAAGCAUCUCUAGAGGCAAAGCCUACUAUGUCCAAAAAUGCGCUGAAAAAAGCCGCCAAAAAUGAGCGCUUCGCCGCACUAAAGCUUGAGCGCAGGGCACGCGAGAAAGAAGCCAAGCGAGAGAAAAAAAGAAUUCUUGCAGAGAAAAGAUUGGCCGGAGAACUUGACGAAGACGAUGAAGAGGAGAAGAAACGACGCACCAAGAAACCAAAGCUUCAGUUCGGCGGUACCGUAGUCGUCGACCUCGGAUUCGACGAUAUGAUGAACGAGAAGGAGAUUAAAUCAUUAUGCUCACAGUUAGCCUAUACCCAUAGUGCAAACCGACAAGCCUCUUUUCCAUUUUCUCUAAUCUUCACGUCCCUCAACGGCAGAACAUAUGAUCGCCUACAAAGUCUUGGCGACGCUAGCUACACGAGGUGGGCGAACACGAAGUGGUGGUCUGAAAGCUACGAUCGCCUAUGGAAUGACCAACAAAUCCUUUCAGUGGCCAAUGAACCUAUAGAACAAGAGGUUGAAGAUGUCUCUUCAGCUAUAGACACCACAUAUGCAAAGGAUCUAGGUGUCGCUCCAGAAGCUUCGGUUGGCGAAAGCUCCCUACCAAAUACUUCCAUAACCCUCAGUACCUCAAUCCCAAAAGAUAAAAUUGUUUACCUGACAGCAGAUACUGAAGAUGAGUUGAUCGAACUCAAGCCUGACGAAGUAUAUAUUAUCGGUGGAAUAGUCGACCACAAUCGCUACAAGAACCUGUGUCUCAAUAAAGCAAAUGAAUCCGGUGUACGGACAGCACGCCUUCCUAUUGGGCGUUACCUUGCAUCCCUUCCCACCCGCAAAGUAUUGACCGUCAAUCAGGUCUUCGAGAUCCUGGUGAAGUGGGUAGAAACAAAGGACUGGGAGGAAUCAUUAUAUUCCGUCAUUCCCAAACGGAAGUUCGUUCAAGGUGGUAAAGGUGGCAAGGCCACAAGUAUAGACGAGACGGCAAUUGUAGAGGGCGAUGCCAGCACUGAUGAAGUGCUGCAGGAAGUGGUGGAUGAUAAAACCUCGUAG